UUAGAUUCGUAUUUCGAUGCAUGAAUUAGUGCCCUCGAAAAAUCAGCGCUCGAUUUAUACAAUUGCGCUGCUAUACGUCAUCAGCAGCCAAUUACGCGAAUGCCAGUCUACGGCUAGGUGAUACCAGAGCGUUAGGGGUGCAAUUUCAGCCUCCAUUACGACUUGAUACAUUAAUAUUUACGUUCAGGGGACAAUUAGUGCUCAAUUAAUAAAGUGAUGAUGAAUGUGGAGAGUGAAUUAAGCGCAUCGCAAGAGAAAAAGAUGUUAAAGUGUAGAUUAUGUUCGAGUCCGGGUGAAAAUGGCAUAAUGGCGUUUAGUGACGAGGGGUUGAUACGGUGUCUUCAACAACACAUUAAAAAAUAUUUAUAUAUUACGGUGACUAUGGAUGAUAAACUAACAAAAUUCGUCUGUUCGGAGUGUUUGAAUAUGUUGGAAAGUUUUCACUGCUUUGCAAUAAUGGCGUCGCAAAGUCAACGUGAUUUAAUACAAGCCUCCAAAGAUGAAACAAGUAAAAAAGCAACAACCAACGGAUUAUUACAUGCAUAUCUAACAAAAGAGACAGUGAAUAAAGAUCAUGAUUAUGCAACAAGUGAGAAAAAUAGCAAAAAGAAACGAAUUCGUAAAUUUAAAGAAAAAAAUAUUUCAUCAAUACCAAAUCAAAAUAACAACAAUAAUAUUAAUAAUAACAACAAUAAUAAUAAUAAUGAAUUAUUAAUUGACGCAUCUGAUUCUAACACUCAUGAAACCCUCGAAAUCGUCGUAGAUCCAUCUUUGUACUUAGAAAGCAGUUGUGAGAGUCUCCAAGAUGACCAUAACCACUCACAACCGCCAUGUUUGAUGUGCGAUUUUAAUUUCACGUCAAUUUCACCGAAUUCAAUCGAUGGUGAUCAUAAUGAAACCAACAACAAUGAAAAGUGUUCACAUGAUGACACUAACAAUGAUAAUGAUGAUAAUGGAAAAGAUUAUUCAUGUCCAAUUUGUGGAAAGAAAAAUUUUACUCCUGUUAACUUAAAACUACAUCUGCGGAUACACAGGCCUAAAGGGAAGCAUGAGUGUGAUAUUUGUAAACGAAUAUUUAAAUCAAACGCGAAUCUGGCUCAGCAUAAAAUUUAUCACAAUCGCGUCCAGUUUCAAUGUGAGAUAUGUCAGCGAGUGUAUCCAACGCAGAGUACUCUCAAAGCGCAUGCAAUCACGCAUAGUGACCUACGACCACAUCAAUGUCAACUUUGUGAGAAAUCAUUCAAACGCAAUCAAGACUUAAAGUUUCACAUGAAUCAACACACCGGCGCACGCCCAUAUAAAUGCAUAUAUUGCCCGAAAGCAUUCGCGAGCUCUGGAAAUUGUUUCUCGCAUCGCAAACGUAUGCAUCCGGACGAGGUGGAGCGCGACCGUAAUUUUGCCGCAAAAAUCCUCCGAUAACACGUAUAAUUAUUUAGUUAAUUACAAAUUUUAUAUAAAUAUAUAUACAUAUAUAAACUAGUAAAUAUACUGAUAAAAAACCGUCAUAUCAUUCAGUAUACAAAGCAGUAUCACGAGCAGUAUGAAAAUCAAAAUCAAUCAAAACUGACCGAAUUUUAUUUUUAGUUGUCUGGAUACCAGAUUAGAUAACUUAUAUUUAUUAUUAUUAUUGUAAUUGUAGAUAAACUUAUAACUUGUAAAAAAAAUCAAAUAAAACUUGUUGUUUCUA